UUCUUCUUUUUGUGAAUUUCAUCAAAGCAAUCAGAGGGAGUAUUUGUUCAUAAAGCCUUAAAAUUUCAAGUGGACACACGCCAAAUUUUUGUCUUUUUAAUUUUUUAUUCAGAAAAAUUGAAAAAAAAACUAAAAAUCUCAACAAAAAAAAUGAGCUUCAGCAAUCGUGAAACCAUUUCGCUCCAUGUUGGUCAAGCUGGAAUUCAACUGGGGAAUUCCAUUUGGGAGCUUUACUGUCUGGAGCAUGGAAUAAACCGGGAUGGGACGGUGAAGAUUCAAAGUAAUAAGGCAAUGCAGGAAGCCAGCCAUUUCUGCGGAACGUUCUAUCAGCACACCAGCACCGAUAAGUACGUUCCCAGGGCAAUCUUGGUUGACACGGAACCGGCCGUUGUGGACCAAGUAAGGAAUGGUGACUAUCGAGAGUUGUUCCAUCCGGAUAACAUGCUCAGUGGAAUGGAGGAUGCAGCGAACAAUUUCGCUCGAGGUCAUUACCACAUUGGUCGGGAGAUGAUCGAGGGAACGCUGGAAGUUAUUAGACGAAUGGCGGAAGAGUCCAACAGUCUGCAAGGGUUCUUCAUGUUCCAUUCGUUUGGUGGUGGAACUGGGUCUGGUUUCAGUUCGUUGCUAGCUCAAAAGUUGGCGGACAGAUUCUCCAAGAAGUGCCGAUUGGAGGUGGCUGUCUAUCCAUCGCCACACAUCUGCACGAGUGUCGUUGAACCGUACAAUUCAAUUCUGACGACUCAUCACUCGAUGGACCACAUAGAUUGCACCUUUUUGGUUGACAAUCAAGCCAUUUAUGACAUUUGUAACAUGAAGUUGAACGUGGAUCGUCCUUUAUACACCAAUUUGAAUCGCCUCAUUAGCCAAGUGGUGUCAAGCAUAACGGCUUCCUUGAGAUUUGGAGGAGCCUUGAAUGUUGAUAUGGGCGAGUUCCAAACUAACUUGGUCCCUUACCCAAGAAUUCAUUUUCCAGUGGCUUCGUACUCCCCGGUGGUUCCAGUCGAGAAGGCAAAUCAUGCAUCAAUGACCGUUUCUGAUUUGACGUCGCAACUUUUUGAACCGGGAAAUCAGAUGGUUAGAUGUGACCUUAAAGCAGGCAAAUAUAUGGCCUGUUGCAUGCUGUAUCGGGGAGAUGUCGUCCCGAAAGACGUUAACACGGCCAUUGCAGCCAUUAAAAACAGACGUACGAUACGGUUCGUCGAUUGGUGUCCUACUGGGUUUAAGGUCGGCAUCAACGAAAAAUGCCCUUUCAUGAUACCGGAAGGCGAUUUGGCGCCCAUCCAGCGGGGUGUUUCGAUGCUGGCCUCCAAUACGGCAAUUGCUGAAGCGUGGCAAAAGUUGGACUACAAGUUCGAUUUAAUGUACUCGCGGAAGGCCUUCGUUCACUGGUACGAAGCGGAAGGGAUGGAGGAAUCGAUGUUUGCGGAAGCUCGAGAAAACUUGGCGGUACUGGAAAAGGACUACGAGGAAGCUUCCAAAGAUUGCGACUACUCGGAGGUUCAGCUGGAGCCGUCGGAAGACGAAUUUUGAGGCCAACACAUUUUUAGCCGGACCAGUUUAUUUUAAACUUCGUGUAAACUCAGUAUUUUUUUUUUAAGAAAACCAGAAAAGAUAUAGAAUAGAAAAUCGAAUCUUUUAGCUUUCAGGUAGAUACAAGCAUAAACCUUGAAAAAAAUCCUGCGAACUUAAAUAAAACUGCAUGUGCCGGAAAAGGCAUAUUACUAAAAA